AUGAUAUUUAUUAUCUAUUGGGGAUUAUCUAAUUCCAUUAUUGUAGGUCAUACAUCUUUUACCUUUUUUUUAUCCAGUUUAUCCAGUGGACUUCACGUGGGACGUUCAAACAUCAAGCAGGUGGCGGAGAAACGUUUCCACGAGGUUGCUCAGUUCAUCAAGUCGUUAUUUUUAUGUGCCAAGGAGAUCGCCCAUUCCGAAUUGGUCUAUACCUUCUUCCAUCCGUUGCUGAGGGACCAACAGUUUCAAGAAGAUUUUUACAGAAAGACGAAAGAUCGAGGGUUAGGUUAUAAGAAGGAAAGCGGUAGGUUGAAAGGGCAACUGAAGCUGUCCCUGCAGUUCUCGAAGGGCGUGUUCAGCGUCAUGGUUCAUCACGUCCGCGGCCUUGCGCUGAUGCCCAACGGACAGGAACCUUCCACUUACGUCAAGGUUUAUCUACAACCGGACACCACCAAAUCUACGAAGAGGAAGACCAAAGUUGUCAAGAGGAAUUGCCAUCCGAGUUUUAUGGAAAUGCUUGAAUACCGAAUGACCUUGGACACGGUGAAACAGAGAUUUUUGAGAGCAACAAUCUGGAACUACGACGCCCUCCAGGAAAAUGAAUUUUUAGGAGGCGUGGAGCUGGAACUCGGCCUUCUGGAUCUGACGACCGAAACUACCGAGUGGUAUCCACUCGUCAACAUCAGUCGGUAA